ACCACCAUCAGGCGAUUUCCGGCCACCACGAGACUCAUCCUUUUCCUCGUCACACUCAUCCUGUUCUUCGUGAAAUUCAUCCCGUUCUUCGCGAUACUCAUCCUGUUCUUCACCAAGUACUUCGCAGAUCUUUCAAGAGGAAGGAAUGAGCAAGCUAUCGGCGGCGGAUAUUGGGAAGGGCGAUAUGACCGAUUGGAUGGCGGACAUCUAUGAGGCCAAGAUGCAGAAAGCCAAGGCCGAGUUGGAGGAGAAGCAAGCUAAGGACGCGGCUAGGGCGUCAGGGAAGAAGAAGGGGACGACUCUGUCCCAGCUGAAGAAGAGAGCUGUGCCGGCUGGCUCGGAGACUCCGAGUACCUUCAAGAAGCCAAAACCCCUACCUCGCCGUCUCGUGAAGAAAGACGAGUCGAAGGUUGCUGAGGGGGGAUGCCCUGAUGACGAAGAGAUGGGCGUGGACAAGCCGUCUCUGGUGGUGGACUUGGUGGAGGACCCUCUUUCGGGAAUCCCGGCCGACGUCCGCUCUCAGAUACCGGCGGAGGUGGCCCGCCGAGCUAGGUCUUCGGGCGGUAAGUAUUAUUCGAACGUCGUUCAGACGUAUCGAGCCUCCUCUGGCAGUUCUUCUUACUCUCCGCGUCAUCCUAAGGCCAUUGUUUUUCCUAUAGCCAAAGACAAAGGGAAGGAUGCAGCUGCUGCCGAGGAUGAGAACGUACCUGCUACUCCCCACUAUUCGUCAAAGGAUAGGGCGGCUAUAUGCCGCAAGGUUUUUAAGGCCGUCCCCGCAGAGUAUGUUGCUUCUCUUCCUGGCCGCAAGACUGACGCCCAGUUUGGUGCGAUCCAGGCCACUCUUCUCGACUUGUUCUGCCGCAUGGAAUUCUGCAAGAGCUGGAAGACCCGCACUGCUAAGGAGCUCAAAGCUCAGGUGGCUGAGUCCACCCACCAUGGUGACUAUGCGUUCAAGUCCAUUGAAGAGGUCCGCCUGCAGAUGCAGACGACCAUAGACCUUCAAGCGAAGGAGGUGGCUGCGUUGAGAUCUGACAAGGCCGAGCUGCUUAAGAAGAUCUUGGCGCAGGACAAGGACAUGGUGGCAAUGGUCGAGGAGGCCAAGACAGCGGCGGCGGAAAUACGGGCGCUUCAGGACCAGUUGCGGGAGUACCCUCAGGUCAAAGAGGCGGCUGAGGAAGCCGAGCAUCUUCGUGGGGAGCUAGAGACGGCCAGAUCGCAAGUUCGCACCUUGCGUGAGCGUCUUCUGGAAUCCUAUGAUCAGGGGGAACAAGCGACCAAGGACGCUGUUAAGCACGCCUGGGAGAGCCACAUGUCAGAGUAUGAUCUUGGGUGGUUCCAGCGGCGAAUGGAGCACAGUGCCGCUGUGUUGGCUGCUGAACGUCUUGGUCAGCCGCCCCCUGAGUUUGUAUCAUCUGAUGACGAGGACGAUGCGGCCGCCCCCUGAUUUGCUUCCUUUCCUAUUUUUUUUAAAAAAUUUUAUUCAAGCGUUCCCGUGCCUAAGGGCAAAAACAAUUAUGUUGUAAAGUUUUGGCGCUGAUGGCGUCUGUAUCAUUGUGCCUGCUGAGCACACAACAAUUCUCUUUCUUUUUUCUGGUCAGGAAUUCUGAGCUACUUUCACACGCCUUUCUACGGGCGUUGUUUUAUAAGUAAAUAGGUUUUUUUGAUGUUUCUCCUAUCUCGCAUUUACUUGCUCUUCAUAAUUUGAUUAUUCCUUAAUCAAUAGGCUUAAUAGGCUUAAUCAAUAGGUAUGGUUGCCAAGGUGCAUCCGAGUGUACACUAAGCACGUUAAUGCCGCAGGCAACUGAGUAGGCGCUAGGCCCUACUUUGGUCGUCACUUUCUUUGGCGAGCGUGUCUAUAACGAUAUUGAUUGGCGCAAGUCAAUCAACAGGUAUGAUUGCCGCUAGACAUGCUCGUCAAAUGGACUGUACAGCCAAACGUUCGUGCCGCUGAACUUUUGAGCGGACAACCUUUGUUUCCAAGUGGUUGGUGCCGCUGGCAACUGAGCAUGCGCUAGGCCCUACUUUGGUCGUCACUUUCUUUGGCGAGCGUGUCUAUAACGAUAUUGAUUGACGCAAGUCAAUCAAUAGGUAUGAUUGCCGCUAGACAUGCUCGUCAAAUGGACUGGCCGGCCAAACAUUCGUGCCGCCGCGCUUUUUAGCAAGCAACCUUUGUUUCGAAGUUAAUCGUGCCGCUGAACUUUUGAGCGGACAACCUUUGUUUCCAAGUGGUUGGUGCCGCUGGCAACUGAGCAUGCGCUAGGCCCUACUUUGGUCGUCACUUUCUUUGGCGAGCGUGUCUAUAACGAUAUUGAUUGACGCAAGUCAAUCAAUAGGUAUGAUUGCCGCUAGACAUGCUCGUCAAAUGGACUGGCCGGCCAAACAUGCGUGCCGCCGCGCUUUUUAGCAAACACCCUAUGUUUCAAAGUUUGUUCAUGCCGCUGGGCUUUUGAGCGAACAACCUAUGUUUCAAAGUUGUUCAUGCCGCUGGGCUUUUGAGCGAACAACCUAUGUUUCAAAGUUUGUUCAUGCCGCUGGGCUUUUGAGCGAACAACCUAUGUUUCAAAGUUGUUUAUGCCGAUGGGCUUUUGAGCGAACAACCUAUGUUUCAAAGUUGUUCAUGCCGCUGGCACGUAUUAUGCUGUACUGGUCGGCCAGCGGCUUGCUUAUAUUAGGAGGGGAGUUGGAUAGGUGAUCAGCCUACAACUUGGUGCUAAUCUGGGCCACUUCUUAGGCUUCAAACAAUUAGUCUUGCUGAGUUUUUGCUAAUCUGGGCCACUUCUCAGGCCGUCAUACAAUUAGGCUUUGGUUAUGCAUUGGAGUGUAUAUGUUUAUAUUCAUUGUGCGAACAAUAAAUAUUACGAAACAAAUAGAGUAGUAUUAUUUAUAACUUUGCAAGGCGAAUUUAGCCGGUUACAAAAGUAAUUACUACCCUACUAUGACCAUUAGAGGCCGCCCCUUGGGCAAUGGAUCGUGGUAAGUAAGACAAGGCUUAGCACAUAUCUAGAAGAAAUAUUUCUUGAGGUUGUCGGCAUUCCAAGUGCGUGAAAUAGGGCGGCCUUGCAUGUCUUGAAUGCGGUAGGUUCCAUCUCUAACUUCAUCAUAGAUCUCGUAAGGUCCCUCCCAAGUGGGCGUCAGCUUACCUUGUUCAUUUGCUCGUCCUGUGGACUCCAUUUUUCUGAGGACAAAAUCUCCCACUUUGAGCACUCUAUUAGAGACUCUCUUGUUGUAUUCUCUUGCCAUCCUUAUCUUGUACAGCUGUUGUCUGAGCGCUGCAUUUCCUCUAACCUCGGGCAGAAAGUCCAAGGCUGCUUUCAUUGUCUCCCAGUUAGCAUUUUCGUCAUACAACAUGACUCUCAACGUUGGCUCACACAUUUCUAUGGGUAGGACAGCCUCGGCGCCAUAGGCUAGCAAGAAGGGUGUUUCACCGGUUGAAUUCUUAGCCGUGGUGCGGAUGGACCAUAAGACAUUUGGCAGCUCAUCAGCCCAUAGACCUUUGGCUUCGUCAAGCUUCUUUUUAAUUCCUUCAGAGAUAAUUUUGUUGAACGCCUCAACCUGACCAUUGGCUUGGGGUCGUCCGACUGAUGCAAAACAGGUGUGUAUACCGUGAUCUGCCAGCCACUCUUUCAGCUUAGGCGUCUCAAACUGGGGCCCAUUAUCGAAGACUAUAGCCUGUGGAAUCCCAAAGCGAGUCAUGAUGUUCUUCCAAAUGAAUGCUCUCACAUCAGCAGUUUUUAUGUUUUUGAG